AUAAUGUAGAUGAUAAAGUAGACGAGAAAGUAGAUGGGAGCGGGUGCAUCCUCGCAGAAAGGUGAGGCCCUAAUUAAGAUACACUACCCCAAGGAGAGCAUCGCUGAAAUAAGUCGCCAGAGCAAACUGUCUUUUGUAGCUGUGCUGAGAGAGUGGCAGAGAUGGAGCGAGAUGGGCUGUGACGAGGACGGUAUUUUGUCAGUAGAUCGGUUGCGUGCGGAGUAUGAAGGUGAUGUUAUCAUGUAUCGAGUUAUUGAUAGCAUUCCGACCACGGCAGACGGUGAAAUCAGUUUCACAGAUUUCUGUCGAAUCCUGUACAUUUGGCAAACUAUGACUAUGGAAGAGAGACUGCAGACUCUAUUCCAGAUACUGAAUAAUGGAGAUCCACUGACCGCUGAGACAGUAACCGAGGUUAUAAGAGCCGUCCGACCUGACACUGAGGAUUUAGAUCAGAUCAGAAUGAUAGCCGCUCAAAUGCCUGCCUCCCUCGCUUGUUUAGGAACUUCAGUAAUUGACGAAGAAGAUUUCGUGGCGUGGGCUAAAAAUCUGCCAUUGGAGGAACUUUCCGUGAAACUGGGAGGUUUUACAAUUAUAGAUCAGCGAGUUAUGGCAGCAAUGGAGGAACAGGCAGCCCGACAACCAUGAAAAUAUGUUAUCUAAGUAUUUAAGUUUAUUCAGUUAUUUUAUGGUAAAACACUUAAGUUCAAUGUUUAUAUUUCAGAUAUCUGUUAAAAUCGGCGUUUCCGGUCGAAUGAUAGUGUUGGUCACAAGUUUUUAAGAUGUAUAUAAUAUUAGGUACUGUACAAAGUGUAUUAUAAAUGUUAAAUUAUG